CCCCGCCCCCAGCCCAGGUCCUGGCCGCUGGGACCCCGUCCCCAGCCAUUGCCCGGAAGAUGCUACCGCUGCGCUGUGGUUCCCGCCACCACCUCCUCCUCCUGCUGCUGCUGCUCCUGGCGCCCCUGCUGCCCUCGCCGUCUGCGGCCAGCGCCCCCGAGCCCCCGCGCCCCGCCAUCGCCCUGCUGCAGGCGCUCGGGCUGCGUGACGCGCCCCGGGGCGCCCCCAAGGCCCGUCCUGUACCUCCGCUCAUGUGGCGCCUGUUUCGCCGCCGCGACCCCCAGGAGGCCAGGGCUGGCCCGCGACGGAAGUCCCCAGGGGCCACCCCGAGACCGUGCCACGUGGAGGAGCUGGGGGUUGCCGGGAACAUCGUGCGCCACAUACCGGACCGCAGUGCGCCCGCUCGGCCCCCGGAGCCCUCCUCGGCCUCGGAGCCGUGUCCCGAGCAGACCGUGGACUUCGACCUGUCGGCUGUGGAGCCCUUGGAGCAUGCGAGUCUCGCUCGCCUGGAGCUGCGCUUCGAGGCGGCGGGGCCGGGGGUGGCACCCGGCAGCGGCUGGGAGCUGAGCGUGGCGCGCGCGGGCCCCGGGCCGGUGCUGCUGCGCCAGGAGGUGCGCGCCCUGGGGCCGCCGGUGCACGCCGAGCUGCCGGUCGCCGCCUGGGCCCCGCACGCGCCCACGCCGCGCAGCCUCAGCCUGGUGCUGGUGUUGCGCCCCCGAGCGCCUGCCGCCUGCGCGCGCCUGGUCGAGGCCGCGCUGCUGCUGGUGACCCUAGACCCGCGCCUGUGCCACCCCCUGGCCCGGCCCAGGCGCGAGGCCGAGCCCACGGCGGGCGGCGUCCCCGGCGGCGCAUGUCGCGCGCGACGACUGUACGUGAGCUUCCGCGAGGUGGGCUGGCACCGCUGGGUCAUCGCGCCGCGCGGCUUCCUGGCCAACUACUGCCAGGGCCACUGUGCGCUGCCCGCCGCGCUGCCAGGGCCCGGGGCGCCUCCCGCGCUCAACCACGCCGUGCUGCGCGCGCUCAUGCACGCGGCCGUGCCCGGCAACGGCGGCCUGCCCUGCUGCGUGCCCGCGCGCCUGUCGCCCAUCUCCGUGCUCUUCUUUGACAACAGCGACAACGUGGUCCUGCGGCACUAUGAGGACAUGGUGGUGGACGAGUGCGGCUGCCGCUGACAGCAGGGGCCCCC